AGUGGCACACCCGGUGGCAUCCUCCCGCCCAGGCUCUUAUCGGCGGUCCCAGCCCCUGCUUGAGCGCCUCCGGGUGUCACGGGCCUCUGCGAACACCAAAGCUCUCGAACCCCGAUGUGGACCCCGGUGCGGCGCGGGGCAGCCUGGCUAGGAACCCUGCUCAGCCCGGGAGAGGGUACCCCCGAGCCGAGGGGCGGAGCGGCGCAUGCCCACAAACCCGCCGCGGGAAGUAGGAAAUCCACCCGCCAGGAGAUGCGCUUCGGACCCCGCCAGGGCAUGUGCUCCGAGGCCCUCCUGGCUCGCAGGUUGCGGGCGGCGCUGCGGGAGGAGGAGCCGUGGGCGGUAGAGGAGCUGCUGCGCUGCGGCGCGGACCCUAAUUUGGUGCUGGAGGAUGGCGCAGCGGCUGUGCACUUGGCGGCCGGAGCCCGGCACCCGCGUGGCCUGCGUUGCCUCGGGGCCCUACUGCGCCAAGGCGGGGACGCCAACGCUCGAUCUGUCGAGGCACUGACGCCGCUGCAUGUGGCCGCUGCCUGGGGCUGCCGCCGCGGCCUGGAGCUGCUGCUGAGCCAAGGAGGGAACCCGGCGCUGCGCGACCAGGAUGGACUCCGGCCGCUGGACCUGGCCCUGCAGCAGGGACACCUGGAGUGUGCGCGAGUCCUGCAAGACCUCGACAUGCGGACCAGGACCCGGACCCGGACCGGGAUCGGGACAGAGACCCAGGAGUCCGAGGCUGCACCUGGCACUCCAGGCCUCUCUGGAUCUCCUGAUGAGAUGCUGGACUCCAUAGCACUCCAAACGCAGCCAUGCAGAGGUGACAACAGGGACAUGGGCUUGGAGGCUGACCCAGGACCCCCCAGCCUCCCUGUUCCCCUUGAAAUUGUGGACAAAGAUGGGAGCUCAGCGUCCCCUCCAGGGCACUGGGAUUACAGCUCAGAUGCCUCUUUCAUCACAGCGGUUGAGGUCUCUGGAGCCAAGGACCCAGCCUCGGACACUCCCGAGUCCACUCGGGCUGGGUCAUUACCACCGAUCAGGCAAGGACUUCUGCAUGUUGUCCAUGCCACCCAGAGGGUACCUAGGUCUCAGGGCACGGAGGCAGAGCUGAAUGCCCGUCUGCAGGCCCUGACUCUGACCCCACGAAAUGCUGCUGGCUUCCAGUCCUCCCCUUCCUGCAUGCCUCUCCUAGACAGGAGUCCAGCUCAUAGCCCCCCACAGACACCACCCCCUGGAGCUUCUGACUGCCACGGCCUGUGGGAGCACCAGACAUCCAUUGAUAGUGACAUGGCCACGCUCUGGCUGACAGAGGAUGAAGCAAGCUCUACAGGUGGCAGGGACCCUGUCGACUCUUGCCAGGACCAGCCAGUCUCCAUUGUGUCUGACUUGGAGUUGCUGCAGGGGCUCCAAGCGCUUGGUGAGAAUCCUGGCCCUGUCACACCCUUCACCCGGCGAUUCUACCUCCAGCGGCUGAAGGAAGCCCAGAUUGCGCCUGGCCCAGAGUUUUCAGGGCACAGCCUAGAACUGGCUGCAGCCCUGCGGACAGGCUGUAUUCCAGAUGUCCAGGCAGAUGAAGACACGCUGGCCCAGCAGUUUGAGCAGCCAGAUCCUGCCAGGAGGUGGCGGGAGGGGGUCGUGAAGUCUAGCUUCACGUAUCUGCUGCUGGACCCCAGGGAGACUCAGGACCUGCCAGCCCGAGCCUUCUCACUGACCCCAGCUGAGCGCCUUCAGACUUUCGUCCGUGCCAUCUUCUACGUGGGCAAAGGGACGAGGGCCCGGCCAUAUGUCCACCUUUGGGAAGCCCUUGGUCACCAUGGGCGGUCAAGAAAACAGCCCCCCCAGGCCUGCCCCAAGGUGCGUCAGAUCUUGGACAUCUGGGCCAGUGGUUGCGGCGUUGUGUCCCUACAUUGCUUCCAGCAUGUGGUCGCUGUGGAGGCUUAUACACGGGAGGCGUGUAUUGUGGAAGCCCUAGGGAUCCAGAUGCUCACCAACCAGAAACAAGGGCACUGCUAUGGAGUGGUGGCAGGCUGGCCACCUGCUCGUCGCCGGCGCUUGGGGGUGCACCUGCUGCACCGCGCCCUCCUCGUCUUCCUGGCUGAAGGCGAGCGACAGCUUCGUCCCCAGGACAUCCAGGCCCGGGGCUGAGUGCUGGGGAGUUGGCCAUCCAGCCUGGGAAGAAAUGUUUGAAUGUUCCAGCUGCCCCGUGCUGACAGCAGCCCCCACGUCUGGUUUCAGAAGGGGUGUGUGUGUGUGUGUGUGUGUGUGUGUGUGUGUGUGUAUGUGUAUGUGUAUGUGUGUGUUUGUGUGUGUGUGUGUAUAGGGAGCACCAGGGCAGAUCUCCCCCAGUCUGAGAGAGGACUUUGUUACAGAUGGUACUCCUGGAGGGGUAGUAAGUAGUGAGCUCCCCGUCAUGGGAGGAGGACAAGUAGGGAAGCAGAAGGUGCUUUGGAAAAGUCUGGUGCUUCUGUCAGAGGCGUUUGAACCUGGGCAACUCCACCUUGAAUAGAAGCUGGGUAAAAUGAGGCUGAAACCUACUGGGCUGCAUUCCCAGACGGUUAAAGCAUUCUAAGUCACAGGAUGAGGUAGGAGGUCAGCACAAGAUAAUGGGUCAUAAAGACUUUGCUGAUAAAACAGGUUGCAGUUAAGAAGCCGGCCAAAACCCACCAAUACCAAGAUGGCGACAAGAGUGACCUCUGGUCAUCCUCAUUGCUACACCCCCACCAGCGCCAUGACAGUUUACAAAUGCCAUGGCUGGCCAGGCGCGGUGGCUUAUGCCUAUAAUCCUAGCACUUUGGGCGGCCAAGGCGGGCAGAUCACCUGAGGUCAGGAGUUCAAGACCAGCCUGGCCAACAUGGUGAAACCCUGUCUCUACUAAAAAUACAAAAAUUAGCUGGGCAUGGUGGCACGUGCCUGUAAUCCCAGCUAGUAGGUGGGCUGAGGCAGGGGGAUCACUUGAACCUGGGAGGCGUAGGUUGCAGCGAGCUGAGAUUGUGCCACUUCACUCCAACCUGGGCAACAGAGCGAGAGUCCACCUCAAAGAAGCAAACAAAAAAACAAAUGCCGUGUCAACGUCAGGACGUUACCCUUUAGACUCUAUACGGUCUAAAAAGGGGAGGCAUGAAUAAUCCACCCCUUGUGUAGCAUAUCAUCAAGAAAUAACCAUAAAAUUGGGCAACCAGCAGCCCUGCCCUGUCUAUGGAGUAGCCAUUCUUUUAUUCCUUUUGUUUCUUAAUAAAUUUGCUUUCACUAUACUCUAUGAACUCACCCUGGAUUCUUUCUAGUGUGAGAUUGGAGAACCCUCUCUUGGGGUCUGGAUCAG